AUGCAGAAGAGUAAUAGUGGCGCAUCAGUACACCAUGCCUGCGCAGCCUGCAAGCAUCAGAGGAAGAGGUGCGGGGAGGAUUGCAUACUGGCGCCAUUGUUUACUCCAGAGAAGACCCAGCAAUUCCAAGCAGUGCACAAGGUGUUUGGUGUAAGCAACGUCCAGAAAAUGUUGAGAAAGCUUGACAGCCAUGAGAGUCGGGUUAAAGCAGCUGAGUCUCUCAUAUGGGAAGCAGUCCAUCGGCAGAAGGACCCAAUUCAUGGAUGUUAUGGAGAAUACAAGAGAGUUGUUGAAGAGCUUAAGUCGCUUAAACGGCAACAGAUGGCGGCGAUGCGCCGGCCGGAGUCCAUGAUCUACAAGCCUGGACCAGCUUUGGUAGAUUGGUCCAAUAACAAUAAUGCUAAUGCCAUGGGAGUGAAUAACAGUAACUACAUCCAGAGUAGUGGAAGCUUGUUAUUUGACGCUGUCCCAUAUAGUAUACAAGGACAAGAGAAAGGAAGCCAUGGAAGAGAUCCUCUCCGCUCUGUUGUUUGCUCACCAAAUCCCAUGAAUGGUUUUAACCAAACUUACAAUUAUCUUCCAGCAGAUCAAUAUGGUCGGAUGACUUUGAAGACAAUGGAUGACACAAUCUGGAAUGGAGGUUCGUAA